AUGCCUCUCCCCAAUGGCAGCAUGCGCAUCCAACGGUUGAUCGUAUUACUUGCGAUCGGCGUUCUUGCUUGUCUUUCUAUCUUACUAUUACGAUCCUCGCAGCCAGAGCAACAGACAAUAGAAUUGCCUCCUCCCGAACCGAUACAACACCCUCAACUCCAUGCGGGGCAGAACACAUACCUCCCUGAGAAGGAACACCCGAUCACACGUCUGAUUGGAAAUGCUCAACGGGAUUUCAAUCAUGAGCAGUCGCAGCAAUCAAAGACCCUGGCCGAGGCCGUGAGUGAAUACCAGCGCCGCUAUAAUAUGCACCCGCCGCCACAUUUCGAUAAGUGGUUCGAAUUUGCCCAGUCAAGAAAUGUGCAGCUCAUCGAUGAUUUUGACUCCGUCUAUCACUCCCUCCUUCCCUUCUGGGGUGUGAAACCUCAGACGAUUCGCGAACGGGCGCGCGAAACACUUGGAUUUGACAAUGCGGUGCUGGGUGUUCUGAUUCGCGACGGCAAGGUGUCCUUAACGGAUGGAGGAGGCGAUGACCGCAAGUGGCAACGAGACGCGACGGCUGGUAUGAUGGGUGCUUUUGUGAAAUACCUACCCGACAUGGACCUGGUGUUCAACACUCACGACGAGCCGCGCGUGAUCCUCCCUAACGAAGACCUCCAACGCUUGGUGCAGACAGCCAAGGACUUCAUCCUCCCAGCAGCUUUCAAGAAAACCCCGACCAAUGCGUGGUCCCCACGUGCUUCAGACCUAAACAAAGGCGACCGCAUCGACGAGGUGCGCACCACUCGUUUCAACCGCUUCGCACACCAACCGACCUGGACAAACUCCCGAGUCUCUUGUCCGGUUGACAGCCCAGCGCGCUCACUCGACGAAAAUGCCCCCGACGACGUUGAUCCUUAUGCGUAUGGCGAACUCGGCUUCAUCUACAACACCACGGCGGCCUCUGACAUCUGCAACACCCCCUCUCUCCGCUAUACAUAUGGAUUCUUUGACCGACCUAACGCCUUUGAUGUCGUUCACGACCUGUUCCCUAUCUUCUCGCAGAGCAAAAUCUCCAGCUUCCAGGAUAUUAUUUACCCGAGUCCCUGGUACUGGGCCGACAAAGUCCCCUACGAUCCUAAAAGAGAUUAUGCGUGGGAAGCCAAGUCCGAUCGGAUGUACUGGCGUGGCUCCACAACUGGUGGAUUUUCGCGCGCGGGUGGCUGGCGCCGACAACAUCGGCAGCAAUUUGUCGACAAUGUCAACGCCUUAGGCACCACCAAAGUUCUUGCUCGCCAGGGCGAUGGCUGGGUUUCACAGGACACAAAUCGGGACGCCUACCGUGAUUCCUUCGAUGUCAAGUUCACACUUAUCGGCCAGUGCGACCCGGACGACUGCAAUGCGCAGACUGAAUACUUUGGAGUGUUCCAACAAACUGGGCAACAAGAUGCGUGGGCGCACAAGUUCCUGGUCGACAUCGACGGCAACGCUUUUAGCGGGCGAUUCCACGCUUUCCUGCAUAGCAACAGCUUUGUCUAUAAGAUCGCUAUCUUCCGUGAGUGGCACGACGAGUGGCUGAAGCCCUGGGUACAUUACGUCCCUCUCAGCUUGAAAGGCAACGAGUACGUUGAGAGCAUGCGAUACUUUACCUCAGAAGAAGAGGGCAAAAAGGCCGCUCUUCAAAUCGCCAACCAGGGCCAGCGCUGGGCACAGCAGACCCUACGAAAUGAAGAUCUGGAGGUUUGGUUCUUCCGGUUACUGCUAGAGUAUGGCCGCUUGGUAGACGACAACCGUGAGCAACUAGGAUUUGUUCUUUGA